AAAAAAAACAACCCAGAAAAAAAGCUAUCGUUCUUGCUCCUUCCUGGACGUUCAAAGCUAAUCAAGUGAUUUUACUAGGUGUAGCAAGGAGGGAGGGUUGGGCGCUUCCUGUGGGAACAGCGAUCCAAGCCUGGGGGAGAAAUUAAGGUCUGGGCUCCUCACCUGUGCCCCGCCCUUGGCCCCACCCUCAGCCCCGCCUCCAGCGUGGACGGGGCGGGGCGAGCUGAGCCAAGCCUGGAGGGGAGGGGCCGCGGCCGCUCGGUACGAGCUCCGUGAGGCCGGACUGGGCAUGAGUCGGGCCCUUUAAGGGCCGCUCCCGAGUAGGUGCCCGGCCCUAGUGGCUCCAAUCUCUCCUUCCUGGUCCUGCGAAGGCAGAGACUGACCGAAGGGCUGUGGGAGGGGUCGUGCCGGGUUCUCGUCCAGGUGACCCGGGCCUGGCUUUAUGGCGCUGGUUACAGUGAGUCGCUCGCCGCCGGCUAGUGGCCACUCCACGCCUGUGGGACCCACGCAGGACCGAGUGGUCAGGCGCAGAGGCCGUCUCCAGCGCAGGCAGAGCUUUGCGGUGCUCCGAGGGGCUGUUCUGGGACUUCAAGAUGGAGGAGAUGAUAAUAGUGCAGCUGAGGCCGUCUCUGAGUCAAUGGAGGAAGCCUUGGGUGAGAAGCAGCCCACUGAGGACCAGACCGACAAUGGGCAAGAAUUCCAGAGUCCCUGGAAACAAGUGCAAAGACAACAUCUGCACCUCAUGGUAGAGCUGCUGAGGCCACAGGAUGACAUCCGCCUGGCAGCCCAGCUGGAGGCAUCCCGGCCCCCAAGACUCCGCUACCUGCUGGUAGUAUCCACAGGAGAGUGUCUGAGUCAGGAAACCAUUCUUCUGGGGGUGGAUUUUCCUGACAGGAGCUCUCACAGCUGUACCCUGGGCCUGGUCUUGCCCCUCUGGAGUGAUACCCAGGUGUACCUGGAUGGCGAUGGGGGCUUCAGUGUGACAUCUGGUGGUCUGAGCCGAAUCUUCAAGCCCAUCUCCAUCCAGACCAUGUGGGCCACGCUGCAGGUGUUACACCAGGCAUGUGAGGCAGCUCUAGGCAGUGGCCUUGUGCCUGGGGGCAGUGCCCUUGUCUGGGCCACUCACUAUCAGGAGAAACUGAACUCUGACCAGGGUUGCCUCAAUGAGUGGAUGGCCAUGUCUGACCUGGAGUCCCUGCGACCACCUAUCGCUGAGCCUGGACAGAUCACUACCAGGGCCUCAGAACAGGAGCAGAUGGAGCAGGCGAUCCUGGCUGAGUUGUGGCAGGUGUUGGACAGCAGUGACCUAGAGAGUGUCACUUCCAAAGAGAUCCGCCAGGCCCUGGAGCUGCGUCUGGGAUGCCCUCUCCAGCAGUACCGUGACUUUAUUGACAACCAGAUGUUGCUGCUCAUGGCCCAGCAAGACCGGGCCUCCCGCAUCUUCCCCCACCUCUACUUGGGCUCUGAGUGGAAUGCUGCCAAUCUGGAGGAACUUCAGAGAAACAGGGUAAGCCACAUCCUGAACAUGGCCCGAGAGAUUGACAACUUCUUCCCUGACCGCUUCAAGUAUCACAACGUGCGUGUCUGGGAUGAGGAGUCCACACAGCUGCUGCCCUACUGGAAGGAGACACACCGCUUCAUUGAGGAUGCCAGAGCACAGGGCACUCGGGUGCUAGUCCACUGUAAGAUGGGUGUCAGCCGUUCUGCUGCCACGGUGCUGGCCUAUGCCAUGAAACAGUAUGGCUGGGGCCUGGAGCAAGCCCUGAUCCAUGUGCAGGAAGUCCGGCCCAUCGUGCGCCCCAACCCUGGUUUCCUGCGCCAACUACAGACCUACCAGGGCAUUCUAACUGCCAGCCGGCAGAGCCAUGUCUGGGAGCAGAAAGUGGGUGUGGUCUCCCCUGAGGAGCCUGUGGCACCUGAAGUUUCUACACCAUUGCCACCUCUUCCACCAGAACCAGGGGGCAGUGGGGAGGUGAUGGUUAUGGGUUUGGAGGAAAGCAAUGAAAGCCCCAAAGAAGAGCUUGGGCUGAGGCCCCGCAUCAAUCUCCGAGGAGUCAUGCGCUCCAUAAGUCUCCUGGAGCCCUCUUCAGAGCCAGAGAGUACCCCAGAGGCUGGAGACCUGCCCGAGGUUUUCUCUUCCCAUGAACCUUCGGAUGAAGAGCCUCUUCGCCGCUUCUCUCAGCUUUCAAUAGCCAAAGGUGGUCAGCGAGUUCGCAGGGGGCCUUGGCCUGCCCUGAAGUCUCGCCAGUCUGUGGUUGCCCUUCACAGUGCUGCCCUGGUGGCCAGCAGGACCCGGGCCUUCCAAGAGCAGGGGCAAGGGCAGGGGGAGGCUGGUAUGUCUUCUCCACCGAGGCUCCGGAGAAUGGUGAGGCAGGCCAGUGUAGACGACAGCAGAGAGGAGGGUGGGGCCUAGGCCUCUACACUAUGUCCCCUAGACAUUAAGCAGACUCCUCAGAUGAGCACCCUUUGCACCCGUGGGCCUGCACACUCCAUACAGCUCCUCCCCAGCAGUCCCUAGACCUUUGUCACUUCCUGCAGCCUUAGGUCUCAGACCCAGGUCUACCUGUCAAGGGCUCACAACUUUUCUUCAUAACGUAUAUGGGUAGACCCAUUCCUGGUGCCUUUAAGGGUAGUAACACCCUGGUUUCAUUUCCCACAAACUCUAACACUUUAUGCAGCCAUGAAAUUAAAGCCAGAAAUUUCUGGGCAAGUUUCUGGUUCGAGUCCCCCUUGCCCUCGACUUCUGACCAUUCCGUCCUGCUCCUUCCACCCUUGCCUACCACAGUCCUACAGGCAGCUAGGCCAGGGGACCAGUGGCCACAGAGGCAGACAGCACUUUCAAUCCCAGCCCCACAGGCUCUGAGAGACUCACAGCCCUCCUUCCCCCCACAGUCGACCCGAGUCUCUGCUGCUGCUCUGAGUCCUUCCAUGGCCCAGGACUAAAGGGAGGUCACAGGUCAUUGGGCUAAAGGGAGUCUUAUUCUUGAAGAUCUCUGGCCAGUCAAGUUUUUCAUAGUCAAAUAGUAUCUGGCUUUGUCCUGAGAAAUAAAAGCAUUUUCAUACUAA